CCUUUCAACUGUGUUAUUCUGUUCUUUUGUCUUGCCAGAUUCCAGGCUAAGGAAACAUAUGAGAAUCCGGUGGAUUUACUUCUAGAGCCAAAGUGGACAAUCUGGGAUUGCAGUGAUGUAAUUCCGCUUCUGAAAAAUGCCAUGAAAAAAUUGAGAGAUACUCUGGAAAGGGGACUUCAACUACAGGAAGUGAAUGUAACUCUGGAUCCAGACACAGCUGAUCCUUACUGCCUUAAGAUCUCCAAAGAUCGAAAAAGAAUCACAGGAUUUAAGGGAUUUUUCGGUAAACGUGCUGUCCUUGGCUGGCAGAUGUUCUCAUCAGGGCGACAUUUCUGGGAUGUUAUUGUAGACCGUACAGGAGAAUGGAGUGUAGGGGUUACCAGCGAGCCAGAGAACUUGAAAGAUGUUCAUGCCAAGACCAGGAAGUGGCGGAUUAGGGAAUGGGAAGGGAAAUACACGGCCAUCUCUCCGUCAAAACGCUUUGACCUGGUCCUGUCUGAGAGGCCCAAGAGAAUCCGCAUCUCUCUCAACUGUGAAGGGGGUCAAGUGAGCUUCUUUGAUGCCAGGACCGCAGCUCUGCUCCAUACAUUCUCAGACGCUUCCUUGGUUGGAGAGACCCUCCUGCCCUAUUUCUAUUUGCAUGAAGGCGGCUGCAUGACACUCCCCUAACAGGUUAGGUGGCCUUGUAAAUUGAGGAGUGGAUCAAUCAAUUGAUCUAGAGAGAAAUAACCUGACCAUCAUUUAAAUGUCUCUGAAUUUU